AACUUUGUAUAAGACCUCCUUGCUUCGCGCGACUACCCACCAAUCUCUACAGGCCACGGCAAGAUCAUUGUCAAACACUAUGGAUCCAUUCAACCUCCCCAUCGAAUGGGCUCUCCAGCUUCUUACUGGUGUCCUCCCAGACCCCUACCUCUCCCUCGCCCGUCAACACCUCCUCUCGCCCGACUCCGCCAUCCAAUCUCUCAAGCGGCACAUAAUGUCAACAAUCGAAGCCUUCAUCUCCACUCUCAUCCCGAUCAUGCAGCCGCUUGUUGAGCGGCUAACGGCAUACAUCUACGCCUCCCCCGACGUGGUCAUUCUCGCCGGCGUGCUGUUGCUGCUGGUCAUGGUGCUGCAGGUUCUGAGCUGGAUGCGACGGGUGCUCAUGUUUUUCACCAGGCUUGCGUUCACGCUGGUGUUCUGGGCGGGUAUGGCGGCGGUCGCGAGCUGGGUGUACAGGCGCGGAAUGGAGCAGAGCGCGAGAGAUGCGACGUUCUGGCUGGGCAGGGCGAGCGGGUAUGGACUGGGCAUUUGGAAUUUCUUCAUGACCGAGUGGCAGAGGUACGAGGCGCAGGAUAAGGCGAGGGGUCAUGCUAAGUAUGACCGUGCUUAACGAGGAGAAGCGGGAGAUAUGUCGUUGGAUAGCAAGGAAGAGGCAAGGGUGGAUAAGGGGAGGGCGUCAGGGUGAAGCGGAAAGGGCAGGCAGCGAUGGAAGAUCAAGAUGAUGGUGGAGAUAUUUUGGAUGAUGACUAUGAAGAAGACGAUCACUCUUGAAAAGGAGAGAUGGAGAAUCGAUGCUUCGCGGAGGAGAAUACGGGG